UUCCGGCUCGAGCGGGUGCUUUGGUUGCUAUGGUAACCGGGCCUACGCCGGGCGCUUCUUUCCGUAGAAGCCGCGGGUAGGGAUGCUGGGGGACUCCGCUGUGAGCGGGGUCGACGUGGAGUCCGUUUGGAGGAAAGGCUGGGGAGCCCGCUGCGAGGAGAAGAGCAUCCAGACGGGGGUGAUCUCCACAAGAGAAGCUGUGACUCAGUCCUGCAGCUUCCAAGAUGCCGGCGUGCAGACCGACACGGAUGAAGAGAACCCCCAAGCCACGGGGCUUCAGUUGGCGGCAUCUGUGGAUUACGGGAGCCUGCUCUCGUUCCUGCAGAACGUGGAAGAAGUUGUCAUCAGGGAACUCAACAAGAACUGGAGGAGCCACGCCUUCGAUGGCUUUGAAGUGAAUUGGCUGGACCAGAAUGAAUCGGUUUCUUGCCUGCACAGUCUAACCUAUCCUGAGGCCAAAGAACAGAAGCUGCAAGUCACGAGCGUGUCCUGGAAUGCCACUGGGGCAGUCAUUGCGUGUUCCUAUGGCAGAAUGGAAGAUGGAAACUGGAGCACAGAGAAAUCAUACGUCUGCACCUGGAACCUGGAUCGCAGGGGGCUGAACCCCAAUCGGCCUGACCUCGUGGUGGAAAUCCCCAGUUCUGUGAUGUGUCUGGCCUUCCACCCGCAGCAGCCUUCGCUGAUAGCUGGAGGCCUUUUCAGCGGGGAGGUCCUGGUGUGGGACACCAGCCGGCUAGAUGACCCCUUGGUCUGGAGAACAGGCAUGACCGAAGACACUCACACUGACCCUGUUUAUCAGGUUGGCUGGAUACAGCCCAGCAAGCUUGGCCACCCCUUCCACGUCCUGAGUGUGUCCACAGAUGGGAAGAUCUUGGUGUGGCAGGAAGAGAAAGACGGCCUGCUCAAGGUCAUCGAUGGCUUUGCUUUGGUGUCGCAGCAAAUUCCCAGGAGCACGAAACUGAAGAAGCAUUCCCGAGGAGACAUGGCUGUGGGCGUGACCUCCCUCUCCUUCUCCCACUUUGAGCCCAGCGUCUUUGUCACAGGCACGGAAGGCGGCUUUUUGCUGAAGUGCUCCACUGCAGUCGAGACGGUUGCCGUCCUCCAGAAAGGCAGCUCUUUCCCGCUGAAGGCCCCAGCCCAGUUCAUCUUUUCCCCCCAUGGAGGACCAGUCUAUGCCGUGAGCUGCUCACCUUUCCACAGGAAUUUGUUUUUGAGCGGAGGGACUGACGGCCACAUCCAUUUGCAUUCCAUGUUACAAGCGCAACCGCUGAUUUCUAUUCAGUUGUCAAAGAAAUACGUGUUCAGCGUGAGGUGGUCUCCAGUACGCCCCUUGGUUUUUGCAGCUGCUACUGGUGAAGGGGAAGUGCAGCUGUUCGACUUUGGGAGAAGCUCUCAGAAGCCGUCCAUUUCUAUCCAGCAGACCUCUGACCGGACACCCAUCUACUGUUUAGCGUUCAACAGCAGACAGAGCCAGCUUCUCGCUGCGGGAGAUGGCAGCGGAGUGGUGAAAAUAUGGCAGUUGAGUUCAGAUUUCACAGAAGAGGGGCCGCAAGAAUUGAACCACCUGGACCAAUUAGCAAACGAGAUCACAGACUAACAGAGACGCAAAUAAAAGUCCAUGUGUUUUAUUAACCCUGAAA